AGGCCUGAGUUUUAGUAACUGAAUCUCAAAUGGCAAAGGUUGGCGCCGUGUAGCGGGGCAGUAUAUAAGGGCGUCCACCACUCUUCUGCUCCAGUCGUCCCAGUAGCCGCAUCUUGGAGUGCUGAGGAAGACCAGGACUGCAGCCAUGAAGCUUUUGGUAGCGUUGUGCGUGAUGGCGGUGGGUGUCAGCGCCCAGUACGGAGAAUCUGGUAUCGUCAAUCCUGACGGGACGCUGAGGCAAUUCACCCGAGAGGAGGCUGACAGAAUCGCUACGAUCGGGGAGUCUGGAGUGGUCUUCAAGGAUGGAUCACACCUGCAGUUUAACAUGGAUUUUGCUGCCCUGCACAACAACCUCCCUGCCCCAGAAAGGCCCGAGCAGGUGACCUUCGGCCCCUAUGGCUACCAUGGCAUCAUUAAGCCCGACGGUAACAACGUGCAGUUCACCCAUGACCAGCACAUGGACACUGUCCUGGUCGGCCCCUCAGGUGCCAUUACAGCUGACGGCAGGAACCUGCAGUUCGGUCAAGAUGGCCUCCCUCUCCCACUCCGCAGGAAGCGUGAAAUUAGUCUCCAGGGCCCCUCCGGCGUGCAGUUCGGUGACGGCCAGCUGAGACACCUUCCCGUUGGCGUGACUGUCGUCCUUGUUGGUCCAUCUGGCGCCACUCUCUCCAAUGGUAACCACGUCCAGUUCCGUAAGAAGCGCGCUGCUUCUGAAGCUGUGGUUGGCCCAUCCGGCUACAUCACUCCUGAGGGAGUGCCUGUCCAGCUUGCUCCCGGUGAGUCAGUCGCUUCAAGUGGACCUUCUGGUUUAGUCCUCAGCACUGGCGAGAACGUCCAGUACCGCCUGAAGCGCGCUGCUUCUGAAGCUGUAGUUGGCCCAUCCGGCUACAUCACUCCUGAGGGAGUGCCUGUCCAGCUUGCUCCCGGUGAGUCAGUCGCUUCAAGUGGACCUUCUGGUUUAGUCCUCAGCACUGGCAAGAACGUCCAGUACAGCCGCAGGAAGCGUGCAGCUCCUUCUAAGGCUGUUGUGGGAGAGAGUGGCAUCAUCACUCCUGGCGGACGGCUGAUUCAGCUUCCCCACGACGUGCAUGUGAUCCUUGCUGGUCCAUCUGCUGCUCUGCUAUCCGACGGAAGCUUCGUUCAGUACGAGUUUUAAUUCCAUUAGAUCCAUGUUCUAGGGAGAAAUAUUAGCAAUAGAAUCUUGGCUUUGUUUCCGAUGGACACUCACUUUACUAUUAUGACGCAAUGGACUGUGGCUUCAUGUGCUCAUUCAAUAACACAUAAACAUCAUGAAAUCUGAUGUUCAAAUAUAUUUUAUAUUCUGA